AUGUUCCCAGGCAUGAAGGCGUUCAGUCUUCUACCAACCAUUCUGAUUUAUAUACAAUUCAAUCAAUUUGAAAAAUGCGACGCUUUGAAUCAUCGAUUUUCGGAGGGCUAUAUUUUCAAUUUCAACAUCUCUUUGGUGUGCCCGUACAAGGAAUCAUUCAAGUACAGUAUUAAACUGUACGAAAUGGAUUUCUGGACUCCUGAUGAUUUUCUGGGCGAAAUUGUUGGAACAUCGAAUUCUUCGAGGGUUCAAGUUGCUAAAAGCUUGAUAAUUCCCAACGAUGAAUUGUUUUCAUUUGUUUGGUUAUUUAAAAUCUCGGUGGAUCAUACGUGCAGCGAAAGCGGAGUGACAAGAGGAUACAAGAGCAUAGUUGAUCAAUUAUGCAUCUGGCAAAGAUGA